CGAGAGCCUCCACGGCGGGGGCUACAUGGAGGGCGGCGCGAUGUACCAUGAGCACCGGCUGGCGCACGCGCACUUGCCGCCCGUGCACUACGCGCCGCCCGCCGCCGCCGCGCACGCUGCGCACGCCGCGCACGCCCUGCCCGGCGAGCCGCUCGUGCACAAGCGCGACAAGGAUGCCAUAUACGGGCAUCCCCUAUUCCCGCUGCUUGCACUGAUCUUCGAGAAGUGCGAGCUGGCGACGUGCACGCCGCGCGACCCCGGCGUCGCGGGCGGCGAUGUCUGCUCAUCAGAAUCCUUCAACGAGGACAUCGCUGUCUUCAGCAAACAGAUACGCCAAGAAAAACCUUAUUACAUAGCGGACCCCGAGGUCGACUCAUUAAUGGUGCAAGCGAUACAAGUCCUACGGUUUCAUCUAUUAGAAUUAGAAAAGGUUCACGAGCUGUGCGACAACUUCUGCCACCGCUACAUCAGCUGCCUGAAGGGCAAGAUGCCAAUCGACCUGGUGAUCGACGAGCGGGAGUCCGCGCGGCCGCCGGACGCCAACGGCGAACGUUCCGCCGCCGACAGCGGACACGACGGAGCCUCCACACCCGACGUCAGGCCGCCCUCAUCGUCGUUGUCAUACGGCGGCGCGGCAACGGACGACGUGCGAUCGCCAGGCUCGGGGGGCACGCCGGGUCCUCUCGGUCAGCCCCCGCCACAGACCCUCGACGCCACGGAUCCAGAUGCAAUGGGUAAAUGGUGUGGGUCACGGCGGGAAUGGUCAUCUCCUCCGGACGUAGCUCGCCGGGUCUACUCCUCUGUCUUCCUGGGUAGCCCGGGUGAAUACCCAGGCGACGCGAGCAACGCCAGUAUUGGCUCGGGGGAGGGCACGGGGGAGGAGGACGAUGACAGCAAUGGUAAGAAGAACCAGAAGAAGCGCGGCAUCUUCCCCAAGGUCGCUACCAACAUCCUGCGAGCCUGGCUCUUCCAGCACUUAACGCACCCGUACCCCUCGGAGGACCAGAAAAAACAAUUAGCACAGGACACAGGGUUAACGAUACUACAAGUAAAUAAUUGGUUUAUUAACGCGAGACGCAGGAUAGUGCAGCCAAUGAUAGACCAGUCAAAUAGAGCAGUGUUCUACCCCGCAGUGUUCCCGCAUGCGGGUCCUAGCGGCGCAUACAGCCCGGAGGCGACAAUGGGCUACAUGAUGGAGGGGCAGCAGAUGAUGCACAGGCCGCCCACGGACCCCGCCUUCCACCAGGGAUACGCGCACUACCCCGCCGAGUACUACGGCCACCAUCUGUAAUGCACGCGACACUCUUGUACAUAUUUGAAUAACACGGCGCUAGUCGGGGCGCCGCGGGCGGCUGCGGCGGCCGCGCUCGCCGAGCCGCUCGCCGCGCCGCUCGCCGCGCGACCUCGUGGCACGAACAAACAGGAGAACGAUGCUACAUGUACAUAAUGCGAUACGUUUUGUAAUAUUGAAACAGUAUACGAUCUCCUAAAUUAAGAUUUAAAGUCAACUUUAAUGUUUAAAUUAAUGUAAAUGAUGACGCGGAGUGACACGGACGCUGUAACAUAAUCGACGGUGCAAUCAUCUACAUAUAAAUAAAAUACGAUAUCAACAUACGGAAUAACGUAAGGAGCAAGCAAAUGUAACAAUAAUACCGUUUGAUUGUUAUCGUAUAUUUAUAGCUAAUUGUGUAUUGUUAUUACGUAAAUAUAAAUAAAUAAUUGAAUAGUUGUAAGUUGUAACUAUCAUUGGAUGUACCGGGGUCGAUAGAGUGGGACAAUUUGUUUUGUAAAGGAGUUUUUUUGUAUGUAAUAGAAUUUAUAGGUUUUUUCAACUUCAUUUAACUCUCGCUGUUGAUAACGACCAAUAGAUGAGUCUAUUUAACUUUAAUAAGCAAAUAUAUUCUGUAUUAAAUGUUUUACUCAUCACCAGUCACAUAGAUUGACUCGCACAGGACUUUAGAACGGGGGCAAUGCAAAUAAAUUAUAAAAUUGCCGUAAUGAUAGACAAAACAAACUGGGUCACAAAUAUUCAUUAGACUUCUCUGGCUUUGGACUUAACUUUUUUGGUACCUGUGUUUUUAAUUUAUCUGCAUCUUUGACCCAAAACCAGUUAGAAUCGUGAGCUCAAAAUGUACAUCUAGAUAGAAAGUCAAUUUAUAAGAACGUUGUUUCAUCGCCCGCGCUGUAGUUUUGUGAUUUUGCUUUACAGGUCGAUAUACAUAUCUUUGAAUUAUGUAUAUAUUAUAUACAUACAUAUAUAUAUUUAUUAUAUUGGAAAUGGAAAUAUUGUAGUUUCACCUUGCCUUGGUGUUCAAUAAUGUAGCACAAUUUGUAACCGAUGUAUACGAUGAAAAUAAUAUUUUACAAUGUUAAAGUCGAUGAGAUUUUUAGCUCUAUUUUGUGUCGGGAGAUGGCGUGGAUCGUCUCGGACGUAACCAGUACCUGCCGACGCGGAUUUAAACCUCUUUGUAGUGUGAAGGCUACAAAAGAUGAUUAUUUUAUUUGUAGCCCUUUUAAAUGUCAUACAAAGCGGUUUGUGAGAUUUUUCUUGACUGAUAAUCGAUUGAGCUUCAUAACUCGAAUUGAAAUCCGCUUUUAAUGGGAGCGGCCAUUUUAAGCCUGAAGGGAUAAAAACGCGGGAAAAUCCGUAUGUAAUUAAUAUUUAGUUACAUUUAAAUCUAUGUUCUUUAACUGUUACCUUUAGUUUGCUUUAAAUAUAAUUUAGAUUACUUCGUUAUCUGUGUGUUUGAUGAAAACAAAAUGGCCGUUCUCAUAUUGUCCAAAACCAAAAGAAACUUCAACUGUCGAAUGUGACAGGAGCUGUCAAAUUAUUUGGUUUUGGCGCGUCUUGUCUAUUAAUAUAAAGGUUACGUGGAGUGCUUCCUUUUUCUCCUAAAUAAUUUUGCUUAAUUUUGAAUUUGAAUAAAUGACCAAUGUUUUUUUUUAUAUCGUUUUAUUAAAAAAGUAAUAGUUUCUUGCUUUUACGCCUCCACGGUAACUUUUUUAAGUGGUAAUGCUACGCAUUACUAGCCUUAAGCCAUGUAUACGAAUGGGAGCUAUAAAAUUGUCAAAAAUUGGUCCUAAAUAGCUAUGAUUAUAAAUUAAAAUAGCGGUAAAAAGUUAUCCGAGAUCAAGCUUUAUAUUAGAAUAAUUGUAAUAUUUCCUCAAAGUUAUGCGAUAUGGUUGUUUUAUGUUUGAUGUCUUCGUUAGAUAAAAAAUUAUGCGCGGUCUACACUUGGCCAGUAGCACUAUUAGGACUGACAAUCAACUGGCACAGAGUGAACAGAGUCCGUACAAUCUAUGACUUGCCUAGGAACUGUCCAACUGUAUUGGCUAAGUGUAAACCAAGCAUUACUACAAUUGUUAAAAUCUCUUACCAGUACUGUAACUAUUAUUUUAAAUUGUUAGUUAUAAUAGGAACAUUAAUAAUAUCAGAAGUCAAUUUCGUAUUUUAAUUUAGUAACUUUUUUAAAUCUUAGUUUGAUAACAACCGUAUCGCAUUCAAUAAAACUUUGGAUGUCUUUUUGUUAAUUCUUUGUAAAUAUAUCAUCGAAUUGAUUCGCUUAUCUUUUGUAUAAAACUCGUUUGUUUCCAGUGAAGUUUCAGUAUUAAAAAUAAUAAUGUUUGGUUUA